CCUGGUUGGAAAGAGGAAGAAGAAAUAACAACAGCAGCUCUGCUGGGCGAGUGACAGCGAGAGAGAAGAUACGAGACUAGUCGAGUCCUGUUAAUUGCUAUAGAAUUUGUAGUAUCAGUUGCUGUUGUUAUUCAGCGCAAAUAUGUCUUUGUUGGGGAAGUUAUUUGGCGCUGGAGGUAAAGGUGGGAAAUCGGCUAGCCCUCAGGAGGCGAUCCAGCGACUUCGAGACACUGAGGAAAUGUUGACGAAGAAACAGGAAUUUUUGGAGAAAAAGAUUGACCAGGAACUCAUCACUGCGAAGAAGAAUGGCACAAAAAAUAAAAGAGCUGCUCUGCAGGCAUUAAAGCGGAAGAAGCGGUACGAGAAGCAGCUGGGCCAGAUCGAUGGCACGCUGUCCACCAUCGAGUUCCAGAGGGAGGCGCUAGAGAACGCCAACACCAACACCGAAGUGCUGAAGAACAUGGGCUUUGCUGCCAAGGCCAUGAAGGCGGCCCAUGAAAACAUGGACAUAGACAAAGUGGACGACUUAAUGCAGGACAUCACAGAGCAGCAGGAGCUGGCACAAGAAAUCUCUGACGCUAUUUCUAAACCCGUAGGGUUCGGAGAGGAAUUUGAUGACGAUGAUCUCUUGGCAGAAUUGGAAGAACUGGAACAAGAGGAACUAGACAAAAACCUGCUAGAAAUCGCAAGCACAGAGAAUGUACCGCUGCCAAAUGUACCCUCUACAUCUUUACCUGCAAGACCAGCAGUACAGAAGAAGCAAGAGGAAGACGUGGAUGAAAUGAAGGAUUUGGAGGCAUGGGCCGCCAACUAGCCACUGCUGUUACUCCAUAGCUGCUAUAGGUGGAAAAGAAAGACUAUGGUUUAGUGUGAUGUGUUUUCGUAUUUGGGGAAGGAAUAGGAUAAACAGAGACUUAAAAAAAGAAAAGACUAAACAUCAACUUGACAACCUUCCGCUUACUGUCAAGCUCAAUCUCCUAUAGAGGGGCAAUGGCAUGUUGUACCUUUCACCACCAAAAGCCCCAAAUCUCUGUAGCAACCGAACAGAAAAGGCUCAUUUAAAAAUGUGUGUUUUUCUGUGCGUCCCUCACCUCGUUCUCUUCUGUAAAGCAUUGUUGCAUUUCCUCCUCUUAGCCCACAGAAUAUAUUUUGAAGAGAAAGUAUAAAAAUGACUCCUCAACCUCCAUGUAGAAUUUCUAAUACCUCAUACCGUUAAUGUGUAGUGCAACAAGAUAUUACAAUAUCCUGUAUUAAUUUUUGUUGUUUAUGCACAAUAUCAGUGUCAUGUGUUCAAAUGGCAAUCAGCUGUUCUUGAAUCUGUUUGUAAAAAUAUGCACUUAAAAUAUACCUAUUGUACUCGAUAUUUAUUAAUAUCAAUUUCCAGCGUGGAGAAUUUGAUUCCCAUUUGCAGGGCUGUUGUGUUUAAAUGAGCUUUUGGCUGGAUUUAUUGAACUAUAUCAUGAGUAUCCUUCCAGAUACUCUGGCUUUCAAACAGGCAGAUAUCUCUGAGGAAAACUCCACAUGGUGUCCUUGAAAUUCUUCUCUGGGUGAUGGUUCACACGUUUAUGUAUCUUUGAAGUGAAUGAAUCUAACCGAACCUACAACUAGUUACAUUUUGCAAACACAAUGACAUUUCUCUUGAAAUAUGUUUGUACUCUAUCUAUUCUGGUUUGUGCAACUGAAGUGACUGUGUGAGUGACAGUAUGCGCACCUCUGAGUGUGUUUGUUCAUUUUCAUCUUUAAGAGACAUUAACAAUAGAGGAAGUUUAAAAAGAAUUGUUUAUUAGGGUUUGGGCUUUUCAGAGUUAUGUAAUUUUUUUGUUUUUAUGAUAUGCUGUUGUGUGUAGGAAGAGAUAAUUGAUUGUAUUUCAACUCUAGGCAGUCAGGUCUAUUUAACAUCAUGGCUUUUCUGAGUUUGUGAACUUACCCCACUAUUUUAUAGUUCACCGUGGUGCUUCAGAUGUUUUCAAAUUAAAAAUGUUCUCCCAAAUCAAUUUUUUCGGACUAAAUUUAACUAAUGUUGUGUGACCGCAUUUGUUAUGUCUGACAUGUUCUGUGUGUUUGUACAAGGGGCUGUUUUUUGCCGUCUGGUUCUUGUUUUUGUUUGGUCUGUCUUCCUACCCUGCCUAUCACAACUUGCCCUUGUUUUAAUGGUAUGCCUAAAUUAAACCUUUUGACAAAUUACGUGCUUUUUUUGUUUAAUAUUUAAAUAUUUUUACAAAGAAUAUCUGUGCAUUCCUUUAUCAAGUACUGUUGAUCAGAGUUAUGGCAAGAGCUUGUGAUGAGAUCUAUACUAUUGAGAGGGCCAAGGUUCAUGUAAUAGUGUAAGGUCAAGGGUUAUGGUUGUGCAAGGGCUAUUCUUAGGCCACAGUCAUCUGCUGACAAAGUCUGAGAUUAUGUAGCAUGUAUAAAAAAUCUAUUUCAAAAAUGGAAAAGAUUCAUACAAUUUUUUGGGGAAUGGCAUGGAACUACAGUAGUACUGAUGUUUUAUUACCUUAACCUUAUUUUCCCCAAAUAUAAAGAAUUAGUUCAGUCUUCCAAUGAGCUUGUGCACAGCCCUGUCAAUAGCUUUGUUUGCAUACCACUGUGUUGCUUGUGAAAAAAGCUCUGAGGCGGUGUCAGCUUUUUAAGCUCCAUUUACUGUAAUAUACCUCAAGGUAUCAUUUUGGGUAGCACUUCCUUUGAAAGUUGCAUACAUGAAGCAGACAUAAACCUUCAUGAGUGUCAUGUUGUGAUAAGUGACAUUCAUAAGACCCUUCAAUAAAGCAUCCAUGUCAUUAGUUCUGUAGUUGCCAUGGUGCACUAGUAGCAGCCUAAGCAAAGCGCUCCUGUAAAUAUGUUCAUAUACAAUUAUUUUAAUCAGCUGUUUUGUUUUUGAUGACUUAAGUUUUACUGGAUAUUUCUGGUGGUUUUGACACACAGAUUUGCUGAUGGACUGGCAGAUCAACUAUUUUUGGCUACAGAUGUUUAACAUUAAAAGUCUAAAAGUUUAAUAUUAAUGGUAAUUUAAAUGGCUAGUUGAGGGACAAAGCUAGAUCACAUAAAAUUAUUUAAUUGUAUGCAUAAAGGUGUCUGUUGUUUCAAUAUGCUUUGUGUUGUAGUCACGACAGACAAAGAUAUAUAGUUAAGCAUGUUGUCGACCAGCACAUUAAUAACGUAAGUAACAACUGGUAACAUCAAUAUUGCUACAUGUUCUCUUUUUUUUACAACAACAAAGGCAGACUCCAUCUGACUUUGGCUUGUAGUACAUGUCUGCAAUAAACUGGAAUGUGAACAA